AUGACCACGAAAGCACUGCACCUAGACGCAGUAUCGGAUUAUACUACCGCGUCGUUCCUUGCCGCGUAUCAUCGUUUUACCGCACGUCGUGGCAUUCCGCAUGCAAUGUACUCCGAUCACGGUACCACAUUUCAAGGUGCCGAUCAAGAGCUUACGGCCUCCUUCCAUGCAGCCACGCGUGAUCCAGCAUUUCAAAAUUACAUAGCUCAAGAAAAUACUGCAUGGCAUUUCAUACCUCCCGCUGCGCCGCAUUUCGGAGGCCUAUGGGAGGCUGCCGUACGCUCUGUGAAACAUCACAUUAAACGCGCUAUUGGAACGCACACCUUAACGUUCGAAGAGAUAACCACAUUACUAUGCCGUAUCGAACUUUUCUUAAAUUCUCGUCCCAUCGCUUCCGUGUCCGACGCUUUAGACGAUUAUACCGCUCUGACUCCGGGUCAUUUUUUGAUCGGCGCAUCCUUAAGCUCGAUCCCGGAGCCGAGCUUACUCGAACUCGCCGAAAAUCGUUUAUCUCGCUGGCAACUAGUGUAG